AUGUCUUCAAUCGCACGGCCACCAGACCCAUGCCUGGUGGCAAUUAUCCUAAUCGUGCGCUCCCGUACCGGCCCACGCCUAGUCUUCCACUAUCCCCCGAACCCGCUCAGCGAGAACCGCCUAAAGGUGACGACCAAGGGCGGGCGGCGCAUCUCCCGCACGCGCAGACAAGGCGCCAAGAAUACCGACUCAAGCUCCAGCUCCGAGAGCGGGCUCAGCUCCGAUGAAGAUGAGGAGGAACGAGAAAUCCACGCAGCUGCGCCGGGGCCCGCGAUAGGUCGGCGCGCGAGCAAUUUCGGCCCCGACGAUCAUGCGUCGGUGUCUCCGUCGCCCAAUGCGGAACCCCAUCGGCCCGGGUCUCUAGGUUCAGGCCGGGUCUCGUCUUUACGGAAGCAGCGUGGUGCGGGGUCGGAUUUUGAGGAUGAUGAGCCUGAGGGGUUGUUCCGGACGCCUUGGGAAUCGCUUUUUGGUGUGCCUGGGAGCGUUUGGGAGAAAUUACUCAGUCCGGAGAAGUCGUGGCAUAAGAGGCGUUUCGAGGUUGGGAUUAAUGAUCUGGCGCUGGUUGGGUGGCCGGUUUUCGUGCGCGAAGAUGGGAGUUGGCGCAAGCAGCGAAGGAAGAAGAAGAAGAAGCCUCGCGCUGAGUGGGAAGGUGGGGAGCUGGGGCAUAAUGAGGCUGAAGAUGGUCAGGUCGAUGAGGAUAUGGUUCUUUCGCCUGAGAUGAUGACCAGUGUUGCUUCUUUGGCUGACUCGACGCUUUCGCCAACGGAUACUCCGAAGCGGGCGUCAUAUGCCAGUGGGAAAUGUGGGAAACACCCUGAUGGUUCGGAUGAUGCGGAGGAUAAGGAUCAUAUGACGAUGUUUAAUGUGGUUUUCGUCAUGGACCCUCCUUUGUUGGAGUAUUCGAUGCGGGUCAAGGAGAUUUAUGAGAAUAUCAUCAAGAAGUUUGCAAAGGCCCUUAAGUGGGAGCAGGCUCGCACGGGUUAUGUGUGGAGAGAAUCACAGCAUAUCUUGCAAUUGCGACGAAAAGCUCGAGAAACAAAAACAUCGGUCCAUAAUCUCUACUCGGAGUUGAUACAGCAGUCUUCUUUGGCACGGGCAAUGUACACCGUCUACUCAAGCAUAUCCGCAUCGAAGAUUGCGUCUGUAUCGCUCAGUCCCGACGUUUCCAUCUCUUUGCAGAUCCCUCCACUUACAUCUACACCCUACCUUGCUGGGCCGACAGACAAGGCGUAUCCAGGUCUCUGGUUGACUACCGCCGACAGUGCAACCCCAAUGGAUGAUCCGAGUACCGACGAGAACAAUACACCUCACCAAGUCCUUGCAAAGCACUUCGCCUUGCUGCUGUUGGACAGUGAAGAAGCCAUCAUCAAGGAUGUGGAAGCCUCGGGAGGCGCUCUUGCCCCGGCACUGGCCCAUUACAUUCGAUGUUCAACGCCCACCAAGUCAUUUGCACAGAUAUCAGUAUCCUCGGGGAUUCCGCUUUCUACAAUCCAAAUGCUGGCCAGUCAUCUGGUCUACUGGCGUCGUGCCCGUGCCAUUCCCCCCAUCCACCAGCGAGACACGUACAUCGUGUCUCCCAAUUGCGACCUGAGCAAGCUGGAGGUUGCGACUAUCGCCUAUCAGACGGCCUUCCCGACUCUGCCUAGCUUGCCGAAGAUGCUCUCCGCCCUCAGCGGCACACCGCGACCCUACGGCAGCUUUAUCCCAAGUAAGGAUCAUAAGGAGGCAUACUUUUCCAUCCUGGCUUGGCUCCUCCGCGGCGGCUGGGUAACACAGCUACGAACAUUCGCACGCAUCAAGGUGACACCCGAGAUCAAACUGGCUGUAGAGACGGCCCUCCGAAAAGAAGAGGUGGACCGGUAUCUCGCGAAAGCCAACUCCAACACUGGCAUUGACGAUGACUCGAGCGACGAUGAGGAUGAUGCAAGCUCGUCCUCAUCUUCUUCACUAGCUAGCCAUGGCAGUGGCGAUGAGACGCCCAUGCCCGGUCGAUACGAUGCGCAGGCACAGCUGCGCACCUCCCACAAGCUCCUCGACCGGUCUACGGCACUGCGGCUCUCAUCCCUCAUCCUCUCACCACAUCGCGCAUCUCCACUCGAGUCGCGCUGGCUCGACGAAAUCGUGGCCCGGUUCCCUGACCACACAGGCCCCGGGCAAGCUCUCGAAGGAAUCAGCCCGGACAUCGCGCCUCAGGACAUCCAGACCAUCCUGCAGAAGUACUGGCCCGUAUUCUUGAAGUAUUUCAACGGCGUUGAUGCUCUGGAGAAGAUUCCCGUCCGUGAGAGCCUCAAGCGGAAACUGGUGUGGCAGGUGCUUACGCGCCUUGGGUUCGUGACUGGGCCACUCGGAUCGGUAGAAUUAGAUGCAAGGGAGCAGGUGCUGAUCAGUGUUCGGCAUUGGUAG